UGCUGAGGGGACACUCAGGACCGACUGAACAUCUGCUCCCCCUGCCUAAGCCAUGCAACUCUGUGGGAGUGGUGCGCUGCUGCCUGGGACAGACCCAGAGGAGUGUCAGAAGCUGCUGAGGAAGAAGCAGAAGAACCGGCUGGCUGCCCAGCGCAGCCGGCAGAAGCACACUGACAAGGCAGAUGCUCUGCACCAGCAGCAUGAGUCCUUGGAGAAGCACAACCACGCCCUUCGGAAGGAGAUCCAGGUCUUGCAGGCUGAGCUGGCACGCUGGGGCCGGACGCUGCAUCUGCAUGAACGCCUGUGCCAAGUGGACUGUGGCUCCUCCCCUGCUCUGCUGCCCUCUGGAUGCCCAGUCCAGGCUGAGCAACUCUCAGGACAACCUGCCUCCCAUGGAUACCGUGGCUGCCAGGAACAGUUGGGCCUGUUCCAGACUCCUAGCUCCUCUCCCCCAGCUCAGCAACUCUCCCCAGGUCCAUGCUUACAGGAGGCUCCUGGCCUCCUCCCUUCCCCACUGCCCUCACUGACCUUUGACCCUCUCAUGGUGAGGGCUCCUCUAGCCCAGCUAUCCCCCAGCCAUAUACUGUCUGCAUCGCCCCGUGGCUCCAGCUUGCUGGGGUCUUCCUCUAAGUUUGAUGCUCUCAUGCCCAGCCCCCCAGACCAGCUGGUCCCUCCACAGCCCCUCAGGCUGGAACACCCCACCAGCAGGAGUCUGGCAUCCUCCUCCAGCACUCCAACUGCUCCCGGACCAGAGUGUCCACAGAACAUAGAACGCUUGCCUGCACUGUCUAGCUCCUUGGCAGAUUGGCAGAAGAUGUCUGUGGACCCAAGCCCACACCCCCUUGUGGCCUUCCCGUUGCUCUCUUCUGCAAAAGUCCAUUUCUAGCCUGUAUCUCGAGCUGGGCUGCCUUCCCUAGGCUCCUAAAACAGCCUCAGCACCCAGUCAGCUCCUCCACUUCUGCUCAUGUCACCAAGUGCCUACCCCUGUGGACCAAGCAAAGCCAUCCUCUCCCUCACCAGAGGCUCCAGGAAAAAAAGAUGGAAGGGCCAAAUGCAAGAGCCUUGAACCUGGCUGCAAUAUUACCUGUGUUUUCCUUGGUGGCUCUCCCAGCCCUGCACAGUACCAGGUCCCGUGACCCUCGGGCUCCCCUAA